AUGGCUCUUGAAUUGUCCGACAAAACAGGUGUCUGCGGUCGUGUGGCCCUGCAAAUGUCCGACGCGACUCAUUCGUCGGAAGUAGUGCCUAGUUGCGAAUACCGUAGCGGAACGGGCCUGCUAGACGUAUAUCUGGUCGAACCUGUGGCGACACUCUUUCCCACUUGGCGAACGCCUGCACCGCAAGGCACACGACCCAGAUUCCUUCAAUCCGUAAGUUGGUUCAGACGGCCAGCCGAGCCACAGAGGACACAAAGCGUGCCAAUGCCAACGCCGAGCAUGCUAUCGAAGAAGCCUUUCACCGAACGAGCCACGACUGGCCAGUUGGAUGGUGGCUCAGUCUUCACUGCCGAAGGAGAGGACGACGAGCCGAUACUCUUUGAGACGAUCUACACGGGGCAGUCCAAAUUACAGUACGGAUCAUUGCGAAAUGGUGAUGACGGGCACGUCCUCUGCACACCGUUCGCUCGAUUGGUGCUUCAAGUGGGCUCGAACGAUGACCAACAAUCACAGUUUCACGCAUGGUCCGCUGAUGGUAAUCUGACUCUUACUCUUGACACGCCCGUAACGAUGAGAUCUGUCCGCGAAGAGUACGGUCGAAUGCUCGACAGUAUGACUGAGAAGGAACUCAAUAUAUCGAAUACCAAUUCCCUCGGUCUGACAUGGCUAAAGACCUCAGUUCUGGACAAAGCAGCCAUGUUGCACCGCACAAGGCACCCAGACUUCGGAUUGAAUACCACACUAUGCCUGCAAUUAGGACUCACCGCUCGAGUCCCCAGCGCCGAUGAGCUCAAGGCAAUAGCGAACGAGCCCUUGAUAAGUCGCGCCAUCACUGCAUCAGUUCAGAGGCUCAGACGCCAUGGAGACUUGCCGCGCAUCGUCGGCGAUACAAUGACCGGUGAGGACAUCAAAGAGAUCAAACGCAAGCUCUGGGAUGAACCGAUGGACAGCGAGGCAGAGCAGCAUCAAAACACGGAGAACGGGUCCUGA